CCGGAAACAGGCUGCGUCAUGGCAAACGUUGUGCCGAGAUACCGCCAGAGAAAUCCACGCCAUGGGCCUCGGGAAGGAGCCGGCCAAGCCAAGGCGUAUACAGUGAACGAAGAGUCUCGGUACAUCCUCGUGCGCAACAUUCCUGCGCUGGGUGCGACCGAAGAGUUGCUUCAACGACUCGGAGAGUUUGGGCGAGUCGAACGCCACCGCCUCGAAGACGACCACGACGACGCGUCCGAGUACAUCGAUGUGCUGUGGGUACAAUUCGAUACGGUGACUGCUUCGCGUCGCGCAAAGGCACUGGCGGUGAAAAAUCCUUUCUACGGCAGUGUCUUGCAGAUAUCUUAUCUCCCACAGGAUGAACAACCUACCGACACCCGAUCGAAACUCGACGAGCGACGGAAACUGCUGCAGGACCGGUAUCGAGCACAUCAACGGCGCCACGCCAUGCCCGACAUCAUUGGACCUCUCCUACCACAAACCCAACCACGCCAUCAAGCCCUCCCGCCACCAGAUACCCAUACAAGUCGUCAAUUCUCGCUCGCUUCAUCCAGCGCAGAGGCAGAUCCUUCUCCGCUUCCUCAAGUGCCCCCGUCCCACAACAAAAGGCGACGAAUAUAGUUAGAGUUAUAUGUACUUCUGCUCUUAUUUACGACACCACGACUGUGUGCUGAAACUGGCG